ACCCGGUGACCGGAAUAUUUUGCUCCCCAUUCAUAAGUGUGUGUAAAUUCAGUGGAGCGUUGAUCGUCCGAGAAAAUGUUUCAAAAGUGGUAUACUCUCGCUGUAACCUGGUCAGGGGUGACACGGGAUCGACCAAAGGUUACAGUGUCCACUUAGAGCGAUGAAAAGGCGCAAAAGGAAUCGUAGACAAAAUAUCAUACACAUGACAAACACGUUGUUAGCUUUUGUUUACUUGCGUAUGUGCAGAAGUUACGUUUUCGAGCUCUCCCACGGGUAACAUGUUUUGUGAAAUUAUAAUCCCCUUGUUAACAUUAGUGAAGCCACAUCGAGUUGAGGACUCUCAGGAUUAAAUAUUCAAUGAUUUACAGAAGUUUACAAUGGCGAGAAGAUAUGGAUGUCGGUGGAAACUUCAGAAGUUGGCCGGUUUAGUUUUGGGAAUUUGUUUAGGUGUGUUAUUAUCUUCAUGGUGUCGUCAUACAUUACUUCCAUGCGGAUCUCAGAAGGACCGAUGCUGUAUCCACAUCAAUUAUCAUGUUAACAUCGCUGUGGAACAUUUCCAUGUAAGUGACCAACUGCCUCAAAACACACUGCCAGUAUCUGAAACCAAGGAAUUCCAACUCAACAGGUACAUUAAACCAGAUGAAAGAGGAUUCUUAUUAAUUGGUGUUAUAACUGCCAAGAAGUUUCUAGACACUCGCGCUGUUGCUGCGUUUGAUACCUGGACAAGCACCUGUCAGGGUGUAUGUAAGGUAUUGUUUUUUUCCAGUGAGGGAUCUUUUUCAAAUAAAAUUCCCAUCAUUAGCAUUGAUGGUGUAGAUGACUCUUACCCACCCCAGAGAAAAUCCCUCCUCAUGUUAAAAUACAUGUAUGACAAUUAUAUUAAUAACUUUGAGUGGUUCAUGAGAGUGGACGAUGAUGUUUUCAUUAAAGGGGAUCGUAUUGAAAAACUACUACGAUCCAUCAAUAGUUCAAUACCUCAGUACAUUGGACAGGCAGGAAUUGGGAAGAAGGAAGAGUUGGGGAAACUAUACCUGAACAAGAAUGAGAACUUUUGUAUGGGAGGCCCCGGGGUGGCGUUUAGCCACAUGACCCUGAGGAUGUUUGCCCCCCAUGUGGGGGAGUGUCUGCAGAACCUCCUGACCACCCAUGAGGACGUAGAGGUGGGGCGUUGCGUAAGGGACCACACAGGCGUGUCCUGUACCUGGGCGUUUGAGAUGCAGCGCUUGUUUUUCCAAAACUACAAAGAGGAGAAAGGUUCUUUUAGGACGACCCUGAAAGAUAAAGCCGUGAAAAAAGCUGUUACAUUGCAUUCCGUCAAAGAACCCAAGCAGCAGUACAAAAUUUACAACUACCUCAAGUCCCUUCACAUCCAAGAUCUCCAACAAAAAGGCCUUCUUUUACAGCGGGAGGUAGCUAACAUUGACCGCAUGCUAGGGGCUCAAACUUCCAUGGGCAAGCAAGGGUUGUCUCCAAGUCUUGGCAAGAUCAUUCCCAAAUCUACAAAAGACAUAUUAACCUGGGACUAUAUAUCAAAAGCCAUCGUAUCUCAUAAAAAUCUCAAUCCGCGUCACGGGUUGACCUUUCCUCUCAAGGUCGCCCUUGAUGACGUCAUCAGUCAAGUGAUUCAGAUUGUGAAUAGAAAUGCCAGACAGAAGGGCAGGACGAUAGAUUACAAGGAUCUGUGGUACGGUUAUCGCAGAGUUAACCCCCUUCAUGGGGCUGACUUUGUGCUAGAUAUAUUACUGACCUACAAAAAACACACUGGUAACAAAGUGACAGUAGCGGUCAGAAGACAUGCUUAUCUACAACAAGCUUUUGGUGAGAUUAACUUCAUUGAAGAUCCCUUCACAUCAAAUUACCACCCUCCUCCUGAUGAAAUAGAAUCCCCGUUCCUGUUCAAACAGUUUGGGGCAGGGAACCAGUCUAGUCUUUCACUCAUUUCCAACAAAGUUGAAGAAGUCAUACACUUUAUUCUUCCCCUGAUGGGAAGACUUAAUAUUUUUAAAAGAUUCAUGACCAACUAUGAAGAUGUCUGUUUAAAAACCGGUGCCAAAACACAGCUUCAUGUAGUCUUGUUUAACGAUAGUUACACAGACACUCUCAUCAAUCUGAUUGGUCAAUAUCAAAAGAAAUAUGGGGGAGAGAACAUUGAGGUGAUUUUUGCGGAGGGAUCUUUUGCGCGUGCCAAAGCGUUGGACCUUGGAGCAGUUCAAUGUGAUCAAAAUGAUUUGUUAUUUUUCAUAGACGUAGAUAUUUUAUUUACUUCCAGUAUAUUACAUAGAAUACGCAUGAACACGAAACGGGGAUCACAAGUGUACUACCCCAUUGUGUUUAGUCAAUAUGACCCUUCAUUUUUGUGCAGUUUUUACAAGAUAAAGCCAUGUCACAUAGACAACUUCAACCUUUCAUCUGAUAAUGGUUACUGGCGGAACUUCGGGUUCGGGAUCGCCAGUAUGUAUAAAAGUGAUUUAGAACAGGUAGGAGGAUUUGACACCAGUAUUCAGGGCUGGGGGAAGGAGGAUGUAGACCUAUAUACCAAAUUUAGUGACAGUGAGAUCCAAAUAUUUCGUGGGGUGGAUCCGGAUAUGGUCCACCUCUAUCAUUCUGUCCACUGUGAUUCCGGGUUGAAUGGGGCUCAAAUGACCAUGUGUAUUGGUUCUAAAUCUGCCAGUUAUGCUUCAAUGCAUGUAUUAACAGAAGUGAUUCAAAGGACCCCUGAAAUUCUGAAUAGAGAUCCUGGAUCUUGAUCCAGGACUUUGUCUGUGUGUUUGUUCUACUUUAAGCCAAAUGUCCAAUGUGUUUGAUUAACUGUUAGUUUCUGUACAAAUAAAGGAACAAGUUUUUUGUGUGUGAGAAAAAUA